AAUUUAAUGAUUGACAUAGUUUAUUUCGAACAAAUGACAUAACGAAUGACGAAUCACAUAUAUUUUCUGAUAUGCUCUCAGUUAGAAACCUAGACAUACUACAAUAAAUCGAGGUCAACAAAUGAAUGACUUGCUUAUUAUCAAUGCCUUGUACAUAUAGAUAUAUUCACUCAUACGAACAACUUUUUAAAGUCUGUUAUAAUUAAUUUUAAUGCGAACCACCUCCUUUUUUACUGUUUUGCGCCAGCGACUUACCACCCUCUCUUCAAUAUCUUUUUCCCUUCAUUCAUCUUUUGAUUCCUUCUUAAAUUGUGGCCCCGUUACUCGAACACUUAUUUUACUCCUACUACUGGGACAUGCUUGCACCUAUUACCGGCCUCUAUACGAAUCAUUAUCACUGACACCUGUCCUCUCUGCCCGUGUUUACGCAUUCAUAACACAUUCCCUCAUAGAACCUAGAUUUUUCUUACUUUUUCUCGAUGCACUUGCUUUAUGGGUUUCGGGUAAAUUGGUGGAGCCCGUAUGGGGUUCAGCUCGACUAUUAAUAUUUUAUUUCGCAGUCUCAGUGCUUACUAGCAUGAUAACAGGCGCUCUUAACCUCCUGGCAUAUGGACUUGUGUACAAAGACGUAAGCCUUCUUUUUAACAUCAGGAUAACUGGUCUUGCUGCCUUUUUGGCCGGUCUUUCUGUUGCCGUUAAACAGAUAAUGCCAGCUCAUGUAUUGAUACCCCUAAAGAUUAAUAGCAGCAGUAGUGGAAACUUCAUUAGGAAUGCUCAUCUUCCCCUAUUAUUACUCUGUAUUACUUUACUGCUAAAAUUAGCCGGAGUUUUUAGAUAUCGGACUGGCCUUGACGAAAAAGAUGGGGGCGCCAUUCUUGUACGGUACGAAACUUGCCCUUAUCCUUGUAUGUUCGGUGUGGGAUUAUUGAUUAGCUGGAUUUAUUUGAGGUUUUGGCAGAAACAUGGCAAUGGAACUAGAGGCGACUCCGAAGAAGCAUUUUCUUUUGCUAGCUUUUUUCCUACCUUCAUUCAACCUCCUAUCGUUAUAUUCAGCAAUUUAAUAUAUGGGUUAUUUGUUAAACUACGAUUAUGUAAAAAGAUCAACGUGAUUAGGAAAAUCAAUGAUGCAUCAUCAGCCUCGAUUGUUAUAAAUUUACCAGGAAUCGAUACCCACGACGCGGAAAGGAGAAGGUUAAAAGCUUUGAAAGCUCUAAAUGAACGAAUGACGAAAACAAAUCCCUCUGACCCCAAUGCCAAAUGGCCAUCUUUAGACCACGAGAAUCAUCAAGCUAUAGAAAUGCAAUCAAUUAUAAAUCAUAUCGUUCAACCUUCCUCAGGUGAAAACGUCGAAUCUACCCCAACUAAUAUAAUCACAUACACAUCAACAAAUGAUUCUUGAUUUUUUUAUAAAUGGUAAUGGCAUGUAUAUUUUUUGAAAGUGAUAUAAAUUAUAUUUAUUUAUUAUCACAAUCAUUUUACACUUUAAACGAAUAAAAAUUUGAAGAAGUAUUUU